AUGGGCGAUGUAGCCGACGUGCCCAUGGAGGAGCAUGAGGUGGCCGAGAUACCACUGGGCGACGACCCUCAGGACUUUUAUGUACAGGAGGACGGCGAAGUCGAGGAGGACCACCCGAGCGGGCACAACGCAGAGUCCGACGAUGCACGACUCAUCCUCAACAAGAUACACAUACGCGGCCUCGACACGGUCAACGAGACGAGCCUGAAAGAGUUCGUUGCCUCACACGUAGGGGCCACACUGCAGCGGGUGGAGUGGGUGGACGACACGUCGGCGAACCUGGUCUUUGGGUCCGACGCCUCCGCGCAGGAGGCGCUGAUUGCGCUCUCCGCCGUCGAGAUUGCAGACGCGACCCAAUUGCCGCCGCUGGAGCUCCUACCGACCAAGGACUUCACGCCGAAGCCCGAGGUCGGGCUGCGGAUCCGCUUCGCGGUUGAGACGGACCGGAAGGUCAAGAACGCGGCGGAGCGCAGCCGCUUCUACCUGAUGAACCCGGAGGAGGAGGAGAAGGCGCGGCGCAGAUGGCAGCGGGAGAGCAGGUACCGCAGCAGAGACGACGAUCGCGGGUACGGACGGGAUCGAGAUCGGCGGUCCGGGCGCGGGAGACGAAACGACCGCUACGACGACGAGGAGCCGGAGAAGUUCGACGUCAGCCUCUACGACGAUGACGAGGAGGCGCUUGCGAAGCGCGGCGAGGGCAGACUGGCUCGGCGGCGGGAUUCUCGGUCGCCUUCUGAUAGAUCUGAUUACGAGAGCCGCAAGGUGCGCAACUCGGGCAAGGAGCUGUUCCCGGAUCGGCGGCCGAGGGAGAGGGACUACAAUGGCACGCGCAAUCGCUCUGCGUCGCCGCUCAGAGACGAGAUUGCGGACGACCUUGAGAAGGACAGGAUAGCCAACCGGAACAGGGACCAGGCCCGCUCCAUCCGGGAUCGCUUAUCAAAAGACAACAGCACGAAGGAGCUGUUCCCUUCGAAGGCUUCCAAUGCAAAUAAGGCACAGAUGGAUCAAGUCGCGGGCGAGCCCACAACAGGUCGUCUGCUGAGUGGUAUGUUUCAUCUUUCAUUUGACGGCACCGGCGACAUAUAUGAUUUUGAUUAUAAUUUCGGCCAUUUUGCGCACAUCGUCAUCAAGAAUAGCACAAUAACCAACAACAUUGCAGAUCGAAUCACCGACCCGAACAACGGGAUCAACAUCAGGGGUAUUGCGGAGAAGCGCGGCGCAAAUCAGGGAUUUUCCAUCAAGGGCGCUUCGGUCAAGGAAUUGUUCCCCGAGAAGUUCAACAGCAACGCUGGGAAGGAGCUAUUUUCUGAAAAGCUGGAAGGGAGAGGGCGCAGGCGGCAAAGAGCAGACGAUUUUCACUGA